AUGAGAAGGCUGUUAGAUACUUGUACCAAGAAUGUUGAUGUCCUGAAGAAUCUUGGGUUACCAGUGUCUGGACUCGGCGAAAGCAUGCUAGUUAACCGCAUUGCUAUGAAACUUGACAACGAUACCCGUAAGGCAUGGGAACAUAAGCAGACGUCUGGUGAACUUCCUAGCUACGAUUCAACUUUAGAAUUCUUGCGCGAAAGAUGUCGAGUAUUAGAGAAGAUUCGUUCUAACAUGAAACCGCCCAUUAAAAUCGUGAAACAGAUGCGCCCUCCUGGCACAAGGGUACGGACGAGUACCUUAGUUGCGGCAACCAGUAGCUGCCCGCAUUGUUCCGGAACCCACGAAUUGUGGAAAUAUGAAUCGUUUAAAAGCGCCACCAUCUCCGAUCGAUAUGCUACACUGCGAAAAAUUGGCGCGUGUUUCAACUGCUUGCAAAAGGGACAUCGCACAUCGGAUUGUACAUCGAAACAUACGUGCAACAAACGUCACCAUACAACGUUGCAUAAUGAUGGUCAGCCAAUGAAACUUGAUGAUUCUACCAAUGCCAAUGCACAGUGCAACUCAGAGAAGAAUUCCGAAGUAUCAACAUCAAUCACUCCGGAGAUCGUGUCACACGAGACGAACACACAAUCAUCGUUCUACACACAAUUGAAGACUACGGAGAAGCAAGUUCUACUAUCGACAGCGGUAGUACUUGUUUACGGAAAGGCGGAUAACUCGUACCCAUGUCGAGUUCUCUUAGAUUCGGGUUCACAUUCGAACUUCGUAUCGGAGCAUUUUGCUACACUGCUGUCUUUGAAAAAGGAGCCCGCUCAUAUUUCCAUAAGCGGUUUGAAUGACAUCCACACGAGAGUUCGGUUCAAAAUUAACACAAAAAUCAAGUCACGUGUAAACAACUACACAGCGUGUCUCGAAUUCUUGAUUGUGCCCAGGAUAACGAGUAAUCUAUCUCUUACGGAUGUGGACUACACUCAUUUGAAACUGCCGAAGAACAUACAGUUAGCGGACCCGAAUUUCAACACUCCUGAUCGUGUUGACAUGUUGUUGGGAGCUGAAAUAUUUUUCGAGAUGUUGAUGUCAGGACGCAUGAAGGUCGCCAACACUGCUGCAAUUCUGCAAGAAACCCAGUUUGGUUGGGUGUUGAGCGGUCCUGUUUCAAGCAAGAGUUCCAAGACUUUUCAAUCUUUGUGUAUCACUGCUGAAGAAAAUCUCAAUGAGAUAGUGCGACAUUUCUGGCAAAUAGAGUCCUGUGACGACUUCGAAGAGAUAAAUGUACCAUCAUGUGAUGAGUUCUGUGUGGACCAUUUUUGUGAAACCCACUCACGCAACGCGGAAGGGAGAUACGUUGUUCGUCUUCCUUUUACCGAUCUGAAACUUCAGUUGGGUGAUUCCAAGGCAAUGGCUACGAAGCGAUUUUUUGCAUUGGAAAAGCGAUUGGACAGAGCACCGGAGAUCAAGCUUCAAUACACCGCCUUUUUGAAACAAUAUGAGGAGCUCGGUCACAUGUCAAAAAGUGAAACUGGAGAUUUGGAUGAAUCGCAAUCGGCGUAUUAUUUACCACACCAUUAUGUUUUAAAACCGAGCAGCACAACAACUCGACUUCGUGUGGUGUUUGACGGUUCGGCGCAGAGUGAUACUGAAGUUAGUAUUAAUCAGACACAAAUGGUGGGCCCGACGGUCCAGAACGAUCUUAUAUCGAUAUUGAUGAAUUUCCAAUCCCAUAAAAUUGCCUUUACCGCCGAUAUACCAAAAAUGUACAGGCAGAUUUUGGUAAACGAAGACGACAUUCGAUUCCAGAGGAUUCUUUGGCGUGAACACCAAGACCAACCGUUGCUUGUCUUCGAUUUAAGAACGGUUACAUAUGGACUCGCAUCUUCUCCGUUUUUGGCAACAAUGGCGUUGCGUCAACUUGCUGAUGACGAGGAACGCAGAUACCCACUUGCUGCUAAGGCGAUCAGAAAAUCGUUUUACAUCGAUGAUGUUCUCACUGGAGCAGAUUCUUUAGAUGACGCAAUUACGCUCAAGAACGAAAUAGUUGGUUUGCUGAAAAAGGGAGGCUUCGAUGCACACAAAUUUUGUUCUAAUUCCGAAGUACUACUAGCUACUGUUCCUGAAGAGUAG